GCUGCUUGCAAGACCAGCAGCAGGCGACACUCGCGCCGGGUACUUUCCUUUUGCCACAUGGUAUUCGGCUGCCAGCGAACACGAGCCUCUUUGGUGCACCGCCCAAUGCGACGGUUCCGCAGCUAACGACGCGGCUCGUGCUGGCCGUGCCGACCGCCAUCACCCACUACAUCCUGCGAUUAGGCUCGCACUCGGAAGUCAGCUGGCUGUCCUUGGAUGUCCAGGAGAAUUUGCUGGGUGACGGCUGCUGUAA